UUCUUUUUCUUCUCCAAUACCCCCAAAAAGACAAAAAUUCAAAAACUACUUGGUAAGCAAAAGUGUGCACAAAGAGCAAAGCGACGCAUCUGAUCUUUUAUUUGAUUUUUGGAUUUGUUAAAUUUCCAGAUUCGUCGUCGUCGUCUCUCAAAACCCAGAUUCUCUGGUCUGAAGAAAGCAGAAAUCAAAUCCAUGUCUUUCAGAACACUUAGCAGGCCAAAUGCAAGAUCUGGAAUGGGUGUUGCAGAUCAGAGCAAAACCACAUUUCAUGAGCUUCAGAGGAAAAAAACUCACCGCUACGUCAUCUUCAGGAUCGAUGAAUCCAAAAACGAAGUCGUCGUUGAGAAAACUGGGAACCCUGCUGAGAGCUACGAUGAUUUCUUAGCUGCACUCCCUGAAAAUGACUGCAGAUACGCUGUUUAUGACUUCGAUUUCGUCACUUCUGAGAAUUGUCAAAAGAGCAAAAUCUUUUUCUUUGCUUGGUCUCCUUCGACUUCUCGGAUUAGAGCGAAGGUGCUUUACUCGACUUCGAAAGACCAGUUUAGGAGGGAGCUUCAUGGGAUUCACUAUGAGAUUCAAGCUACUGAUCCUACUGAGGUUGAUCUUGAAGUGUUACGCGAACGAGCUAACUGAGCAAAAGAAUAUGGUCUCUUCUCAAGAACUUUAUGGUAAUGUAAUGAAUAAUCUCGAUGACUAUCGGAAUCUUUUUUCGUAUUCUCUGUGGAUGGAUUUGUGUAAACACAGUUCAUGUUCUAUGUCAACUGUUAAUCUAAGUAAAUGUUUCAAGAUAGCACAUAA